UGAGUUUUUAUUAUGAUAAGGUUUGUGAAAGAGAGAACAUUAGAAAAGUAGAAUAUUAGUAAAGGACAGUGGCAGGUGAGAAUUGUUGACAGGUAGGCUGACAAAAUACUAAGAUGCUAACAGAUUUUAUCAAAUGAUAAGAAGAAAUUUACCAGGACCAGGACAUUUUCAGUGUAAUUUUUAUGUUCCUUCCUACUGGUCUCUCUUCACAAUAGUUACUGUUAAAACUGUAUUUUUACCAACUCGUUCACUGACCAGCACAUAACUUUAAAAGAAUCUGUUAUGAAAGUCUUGUUCUAAAAUGCAUUUAUUACCUGGAAUUAAUACUCAUUAAUUAAAGACGUCAACUCUCAAGUGACAAAGACAAAUUCCUAUAAAAUCGGAAGAAAAAAUUAUCCCUGAAUAUUUCCAAGCAUUUAAGAGCAGAAAGAUAAGUUUAUUUGAUUAAUUAAUAUUUUGUGUUAUUUUCUGAUUUUCUGAUAAAAAAAAAACAGAAUCCUUGUGAAUUUGCUGUAUCCUUUCUGAUAAUACUGGCAAGUUUUGUGUUUGUUUUCCAUAAUGGAGAGUAUGGAGCAAGAUAGUCUUGAUAUAAACAAGUCAAUGGGCAGCCUUUCAGAAAUGGACCCUUCAGCUAUCUGUUCAAUGAAUCUCGAAAGUGGAGUUGAUCCUGAAAAUAUUGGUGUUUCCAGAAAGAACGAAAAGGAAGAAGAGAAUUUAAAGCAAAAAGGCCAGGGAAAUGAGGAAAAAAUUGAUGAGAGCGACAUCAAUAAAAGUGAACUGGCCAAAGAUGGUGAUAUUGGUCAAAGUGCUGAAAAUAAGAAGAGUGGGAACCAGUUUUCAUGUGAGACUGAAACCAGUGGUGAAAUUACAAAAGUACAAUCAGUAGAUGAUAUAUCUUCAAAUACUGCAGUAGCCAUUGACUCAUCAGAGGUAAAAUGUGUGGAGGCAGGUGAGGAGGAAAAGAAAGAAAAAGAGGACAAGGAGGAGAAAGAAACAGAGGGCAAGGAGGAGAAGGAAGAGGAGAGAAAUGAGAAGAAAAUUGAGGAGAGUGGGAAAGGUGAGAAAAUGGAAGAAGUGACAGUAGCAGAGGCGAAUGAGAAAGGGAGGGAUAAUCCGAGUGGUGAGCAAGUGACAGAAGACAGACAUCUGUCAGAGGAUUCAGUAGAAGCAAAGACCAAAGAUAAAGACAUCAGCUCUCAACUAGCCGCAGAGCAGUCACCACUGGGCCAACCUGCCACUGUUGAUUUUGUUACACUUGAAGAUGCUCCACGACUGGAAAAACCAAUAACAUCUAUAAAAGAGAUGGAGGAAUCAAAUUUUGAUCCUAAAUUUUCUGAAAUUCAAACAGGGACAUCUGGGAUUGAAAAGAAAGAACACUUAUAUAAGAUUCUUGUUAUUGGAGAAUUAGGAACUGGAAAAACAAGUAUCAUCAAACGUUAUGUCCAUCAAUUCUUCUCCCAACAUUACCGAGCUACUAUAGGUGUUGAUUUUGCACUAAAAGUCAUUAGUUGGGAUGCUGACACACUUAUCCGAUUGCAAUUAUGGGACAUUGCAGGUCAAGAACGAUUUGGUAACAUGACACGAGUGUACUAUAAAGAGGCUGUUGGAGCAUUUGUAGUGUUUGAUGUAACAAGAGUACCAACAUUUGAGGCUGUGGUUAAAUGGAAAAAUGACUUAGACAGUAAGGUUCAGUUACCUGAUGGCAGCAAUAUACCAUGUGUAUUACUAGCAAAUAAGUGUGAUCAAACAAAAGAAGGCCUUGUGAAUAAUACAGAGCAGAUGGAUGAUUUCUGUAAAGAGAAAGGUUUCCUGAGUUGGUUUGAAACUUCAGCAAAAGAAAAUAUUAACAUAGAUGAGGCUGCUCGAUUUUUGGUUGGACAGAUCCUCAAAAAUGAUCAAAAUAUGAACACAGGUAGUACAGAAGAAGACAAAGAACGCAUUCAAUUAGCUAAUGCUAACCAACAAGAACCAACAAAAAAAUCUUGCUGCAGAUAGAAGUUUUGAACUCUGAAUUAAUUACCCAAAUAGUUUUUAUAAAUAACUAUUGCUUUUGUUUUUUGUUUUUUUUUUAUCCAUUAUAUUUUCUUUUAUUUUUCCUGAUGAAAAGCUGAAAAAAAAAAUCAAGAAAAACAAAAAUAAUCAUUUCUUGUAUAUUCUUUUAUUUCAAUAAUUUUACUCUAGUUUAAAAAUGAACUCUACAAAUAAUGAUAUUAAUAAUAAUUGAGAAAUAUCAAGACCUAGUCAGAGAGAUGAAGGUACUGUGCUAGACUAAGACAACAAUUAUUUUUGUGGUAAUUGGUACAACUUGGAACAACACCUAUAAUACUACCUAGAAAACCGUAGGAUACUGGAACUGAGAUUCACAUUGACGACCUGAAGAAAAGUGCAACCCUGAUUUCUGCAAGAAUCUUAAGAAAGAUUCUUGAGAUCUGAGAAGUCUUAUUGUCAUCUACCCUUGCUAAAUAAUAUAGCAUGUAACAGCUAUAGUAAUAAUAAUAAUAAUAAUAAUAAUAAUAAUAAUAAGAAGAAGAAGAAGAAGAAGAAGAAGAAGAAGAAGAAUGUUCCUUAUACUACCAUGGAGCUUGACAUUUUAAACUUUGGGUGGGGUAAAGGCUCAGAAGUUGAUUUCUUUGUCUAGAACAUUAGUGUAACAAAUAAAGCUUAUACUGGAAGUUGAUACUGAGUUGUGGACUCAAUUAGACAGAAGCUUGCUUCCACUUGAUGGUGCUUAUAAUAAUAAUAAUAAUAAUAACAAUAAUAAUAAUAAUAAUAAUACACAUGACUUUGUAAAUGAACAAUCUGGUGUGUUUAUUUUAAUGCCUACCAAUGUAUACAGUGAGUUUCUUUGUCCUAGGUGUCAGGAAGACACUUGGCAAGAAAUGGGAACAAAAUUGAAAGAAGAGGAUAAUGAUAAUAAUAAUAAUAAUAAUAAUAAUAAUAAUAAUAUCAGAAACAGAAUAAAAUGAUGGAGAUGAUGAAUAGAUAUUAAUUAUAUAUAUUUUGCCUGUUUCUCAAUUAAUAAUAAAUAUACUGCUUCAGCUUCAAA